AUGCGCGCGACGCGACGACGGCGACUCGUCGCGGUCGUCGCGGGCGAUAGCACGGCGUGCGGCGUGGGAUGCGGGGACGACGGACGAGGACGGACGAGGGGCGAGACGGCGGCGGGGGAGGCGGGACCGACGCUCGCGCGCGCGUUCGCGCGAGGACUCGGCGAACGCAUGACGGCGGACGUCGAGUGGCGCGCGCUCGGGUUUAAGGGCGCGGACGUGCGAGGACUGAGGGAUAAGCUGAUACCGGCGCUGCGGGAGGCGACGGAGGGAGCGGGGGGACGCGGAGACGACGACGACGACGCGAGCGAGAGGGACGGGCGCGGGCGACGCGCGAGCGUGGACGCGGUGGUGAUCAUGUGCGGGCUGAAUGAUCUGAAACACUCCAUCGUGGGGCGACGGAGCGAGACGUUUCGAACCGAGCUGAGAGAGCUGGUGAGGGAGGUGCGCGACGUCGUCGGCGACGAGUGCGUGGUGGUGCUGCCGGCGACGCCGCUCGAGGCGGCGACGCUGUUUCCGCCGCCGUUGGCGUGGGUGGCGACGCGCAUGAACGAUUUGUGGGACGAACAAAAGGCGCACGUCAGUCGACUGUUCGCCCACAACGUCUUGUUCGUUUCAAAGCCGAGUUUAGACGCCAUGCGGGAACGCGCGGCGAAACACACCGGGCGCGUCGCGGAGAGCAUCUCGCUGAUUUGCGGGGAUGGUAUUCACCCCAACGACGACGGUUACGACGCCUGGGCGCGACACAUCGCGGAUGAGUGCGUGCCGAGUCUCGAACGCGCGUUGGCGGCGCAAAAAUAG